AUGAUAAGAAAGUUAGCAUUUUUGUCCGUUUUGCUGGUAUGUACCCUGGGUGUGCAGGAUUGGGCACAGGCGGCAACAACGGGUAAAAUAGCGGGCAGGGUAACGGAUACAAAGGGCGAUCCAUUGCCCGGUGCCAACGUCGUGAUCGCGGGAACAAACCGGGGUGCGACCGCAGACGCAGAAGGAUAUUAUAUCAUCUUGCUGGUUCAGCCGGGAACGCACAGCCUGGAAGCCUCGCUGGUGGGAUACCAGAAGGUGGUGCAGCAAGAUGUGAAAGUGGUGGUGGGAUAUACCACCACAGUGGAUUUCAGGCUCACUGAGACGGCACUGGAAGCCGAAGAAUUGAUCGUGACGGCACAGCGUCCACCCGUAGAGCCUGACAAGACCGCGAGCAAAUACUACGUAACAGCUGACGAGAUCGAUUUACAGCCCGUGGUCAAAGAUGCUCAAGCGUGGGCGGGCUUGCUGCCGGGCGUGCAGAAAGACGGCCGGUCAGUGCGGCAGGGCAACUUCCAAAUGGACGAAGGCGAACGCCGUGCGGGCUGGUACACGACAACGCCAAAGCCGAUUUCACUCACCUAUACCGUAGAUGGUGUGCGGAUGGUGAAUAAUGACCGCCGCGCGGCAAACCUGUUCACGGGUGUGAACCGCGCAUCGAUCCAGGAAAUUUCAGUGGUAACGGGUGUUCCAGAAGCCGAAUACGGAAAUAUGGACGCCGGGAUCAUCAAUAUCGUGACGAGAGAGGGCGGUCGGGACUACCACGGGUUUUUCGAGUAUCGAUACACAGUUGCCAGGAAGCGGCAUUACGGUUUCAAUGCGUACGAUCCGAUCAUUCACCUGAACCAGGGCACGGGCAAGAGCCGCAUCCGCCUGGACGAUCCAGCCUGGUUGCAGGAAAUGGAAAAUAUUGGUGCCGAUGGAUUGCCCGGCACAGCGGAUGAUUCUGGUCGUCUGGUGCAUAUCCAGCCGGACGAUUACACAGAUAUAUCGGGGCAUCGCCUUGAGGGAUCCAUUUCGGGUCCGAUUGGGAACAAGACCUCGUUCCACGUGAGCGCGCAGACAAAUCGGCAACCCGUACAGCGUCCCAACCCCGCACUUCGCGAUCUGCCCAAUUAUCAGGUGACGGGCAAGCUGACAUUUGGCGUGAAGCCCAAUAUCAAUCUGAAGUUGGGUGGUGUGUAUGGAACGAACCAAAAUUUCCGCAAUACGCGAGAGUCGGCAUUAUCAGCCGGUCGAGACCUGUAUUUGCCCGCAGGCAUAGACGGUGCGGGCAAAGAGAUCGAAUGGAACUCGAUGUUGUAUGCGUAUUUGACGCACUCCCUGUCUUCGCGCACCCUGUACGAGUUGCGUAUCUCGCGUUCAGACAGCGAGCAGGACACAACGGGGAUGCCCAUAGAGACGUUCAAUGUGGUUCGGGACCACGACAAGUGGUUUACGGCAACACCUCGUGAGGUUCGGGACUACCGAUUGAAUCGUCAAACGCGCCACAAUUUGAAAUUCGAUUUCUCCAGUCAGGUUACAAAGGGGAAUUUCUUUAAGGCGGGGGCCGAAGCAACGUGGUUCCAGACCUACCAAUGGGAGUCACAGAGCCGUGGAACAUCGGGUAGUUAUCGGGUCUGGACGAUGUACGACUACUAUGCAUCGGCCCAGAACCGCCUGGGUGCAGAUGGCCAGAUGGACUUCGUGCCCGCCAGAACUGUGAACGGCGUUAAAUUGCCCGAUUUAAGUCGGGCCAGCAGUCUCGACGACCCGGCAUGGAACAGCUACCGGGAUCAUCCCAGAAAGGCAUUUCAGUUUGCAGCUUAUACGCAGGACAAGAUGGAGUUCGAAGGGAUGGUGGUGAACGUGGGAUUGCGCCUGGAUGCGUUCAACCACGGCGGUCAGACGCGUCCCGAACCCGUGUGGUCGGUGCUGCCCCAAAACCGCUGGUUUUCCGAUGCAGAUGCGUCGUUGGCGCGGCAGGGUCAGACGCCCUAUCCCAACAAUCCACAGUCGUUCCCGACAUAUGAUGGUCUAAAUAUGUUCAAGCUGUCGCCGCGCUUCGGGGUGUCUCACCCGAUUACUGCGCGGUCUGCGAUUCACUUUUCGUAUGGUCGGUUUUUCGUGCUGCCGAUUUUCUAUGCGAUGUAUGGGCAGACCUGGCAAGCAGCUUCGGGCCGAAGCAUAGCCGAAGACCUGAACGCAGACGACAGAUACAGUUCCUAUGAGUAUUAUGGCGGCCUGGAAAUGGGCUCGACCAAGCGCGGAUCGACGAAUUCGCGUCCGGGCAGUACCGUGAACUACGAAGUGGGUGUGGACUGGAACUUUGUUUCGGACUACACGGCCAAUGCGACGAUGUUCUACCGCCGCACAGAAGACUAUCUCCAGCAGAACAACACGUUUUUGCACGAUCCCGUAGAGAAGCAGAUCAAGCGCGCGCACUGGUAUCAGAACGCGUACAGCGGUGAAACGCGCGGCCUGGAAGUGGCCGUGAGCAAGCGGUUCACCAAUUUCUUCUCGUUCCGCGCGACGUGGAGCUGGUACUGGGAGCAGAACAACUUCUACGGUGGUCGAGAGUGGGUGUCGCGCUGGUACGUGGAUUCGGACUUUUUGGCCAAAGACGCGUAUCGCUUCAAGUUUGAAAUUGACCCGACCACGGGUGAGCGCGUCUGGCAACCGCUGUCGAGUGCCGAGGUCAAUGCCAUUGGCAUGUUUGCCGACCAGCUGGUGCAACAGGAAAUCGACGCCAAUCGGGAACUGUGGAUUACCGAAAAAUUCGCCAAUCAGGUGCCAGAUGCACAGGUUGGAUUCCCCUGGACCAAUGAGAGGAAUAUUGCGGCUCGUAUAGCCACGAUAGGAGGCGUGCGCGGUCCUGCCAACAUGCGCGAUGCCACAGGCGAUGGAAGCAUCACAUUCCUAUUUGCUACGCCGGAAGGAUAUGGUCCAGAGGUGGGCGGAAGCAAGGUGCUGAGCGAUCUGAACGUGAACCUGGUACUGCGAAUCGAGCCGGGUACAUUCUUCCGCUAUAGCCAGCCCACGCCAGCUCCUGCGACUGCCAACAAGUUGAUCAGGAACCAGUUGUUGUUUACCAAUCCAACCGCAUUCCGCACGGACUUUGGCAUUCAAAAGGGCUUCCGAAUUGGGAAGUUUCGUCCGACCCUGUUCUUUGAGGCGACCAAUUUGUUCAACGCCAAAAAGCCGCGUUCGAUCCGCAGGUGGAAUUUCUUCCACGACAUACCGAAGUACGGUCUGGCUGAGAACCAGCCCACACCAGUGGUGGUGCGGGACACCAACCAGAUCUGGGAUCAGUGGAAUAGCUACACGAAUCGCACUCGGGAGAUCUAUUUCGGCGUGCGCACGAGCAUGUAA